GAAUAAGUAGACCAGCCGACAUCUUUGAGAGCGACCACAUUCCCGUCCGUUAUGACAGUUUUCUGAGCCUUCAGACACAUCCUGCCGGGCAUUUUUUGAUAAAACUUGACGACAGAAGGGACCAGCGGAGUAAAUCUGUAUCCGACCUGUUCUCAGUGAACCUUAUUUCUGUCUUUUUCUAAGAUGAGCAGUCAGUACCAGCGUUCAGUACCAGUGGAGGUGAGGAGAGCAGAGGGGGAGAGAGUCCGGGCCAAACACCCCGACAAGAUACCGAUCAUCGUGGAAAGAGCUCAGAGGUCACGAGCUCCUGAACUGGACAAGAAGAAAUACCUCGUGCCCUCAGAUUUAACAGUGGGCCAGCUGUGCUUCCUGAUCCGUCAGCGGGUGUCUCUGCGGCCGGAGGAAGCUCUCUUCUUCUUUGUCAACAACUCCCUCCCUCCGUCCAGCUCGCCGCUGUCCGCCGUCUAUGAGGAGCACCACGAGGAGGAUCUGUUCCUCUACAUGACCUACAGCAACGAGAGCGUCUACGGCGCCUGAGGAGGAACAAAAGACUGGAAAGAAAGCAGAGCAAGAACGAGAGGAGAGCGUCUGAGCAGGCCGUUUGUAUCGCUUCACAACACUUCAUUCUCCACAUUAUUAGUCCCGACCGGGUGGAAGCUGGUGGCUGCUUUUACCUUCAACAGUAUUUAAACUACAACGUAUGUUGAUUCCUGACUUAGUGAAAGUAAAAAAGAAAAAAAGAACGCUUUGUAAAAGAAAAGUCAGUGAAAUUAUGUCGAGGGAGCUCUCAUCUUUCUCAGUCCUCUGUAUUUAAUGCAAAUAGUAUUUUUUUUGUAAAUUAUCAUAAACUUUUGUGGAAAAUAAAGAAAAUGCUAAAAAAAAGAGAAA